AUGGCAGAGGGACCAGCCGUUAUUCUGAAGAUUGUCGAUCUUCCAAAGGACUUGGAUAAAGAUACAAUCCACAGCUAUGGGCCAGAUUCUUUUAAACUGCACAGAUUUCCACUUCCCGUUCCUGGAAAGGUCCUAGGAUUAGUUGGACCUCACAGUGUCGGGAAGACCACUGCUCUCAAAGUCUUGGCUAGGGAACUCAAACCCAAUUUUGGCCGCUUUGACAAAGCCAAUGUGUACAUAUUUGACGAAAUAUCAAAUUCCUUGGAUGUGCAUCAUAGAUUCAAGGUUGCACAACUCAUACGCUCGCUGAUACGCCCUGACAGCUACGUGAUUGUUGUGGACAACGACCUUAGUGUCGUCGACUAUGUGUCGGAUUACAUGUAUUGUCUGUAUGGAGAACCAGGAGAAUAUGGCGUCUUUGCUAAAAAGGGCUGGCAUGUCAAAGCAGGAAUCGAACAUUACUUGCGUGGGUUUGACCCCGUAGAAAAAAACCUCAUCAGGGGUGAACCGCUCAUCUUCGAGCUGGAAGUGAAAGGAGGGGAAUUUGAUGACGGCCAGAUUCUUCUAGUGCUGGGAGAUAACGGUACAGGGAAGAGCACUUUCAUCCGAAUGCUGGCCGAUUUGCUGCCACCUGACCAGGUAGUAGCUGUACAACCGUGGCGCCCAAACUUUUUGCCGUCAUACAAACCGCAAAAAAAUGAGUUGGGGAGUGAGUGUACAGUCAGACUAUUGCUAGAAAGGAAACGUCCUAUUGCAAAAAUGCAUAGUCGGUUUGUAUCAGAUGUGAUGAAGCCGCUUCAGAUUUACCCGUUGCUGGAUCGGAAAGUGGCCACACUCUCGCCUGGAGAAACGCAGAGGGUUGCCAUAACUCUUUGUCUCGCAACUAACGCGAAUGUCUAUCUGAUCGAUGAGCCAAGUGCGUAUUUGGACUCAGAUAUGCGAAUCAAAGCUGCAAUGGCCAUAAGGCGGCACGUUUUACGCGCUGGGGAGAGCCGCUGUUAUUGUGGAGCAUGA